CCCCCAACAGCAACAACAGUAACCAACAAAACGAGUUGUUGGGGGUUCCAAGAAAUGGCAGCCAGCCAAGUGGACCGUUGUCCCGCAAGUGGCACGGGACAUGCCUGGUUGACCAUCCGCUUGACAUGUGGGUUUGAUGACAGGCGCUGCUGGAUGCUGUGAUGGGUGGGGGGGUUGGUACACCGAUGUUUCCACGGCACACCACCACCUGAGGGUUGAAGUGUGUGUGUGUGUGUGUGUGUGUUCAGUGGCGAGUCGGGUGUCAUUUUUCAUCUGCUCCUGCUCCGCGCUUCAUGACGCUGCUGCUCGCCCGCGCUUUUGCUCCUGCUCGGUCUCAACUUGGCAAAGCCUUGCUACGAUCACGAUUCUCGACGACCGCUGCCGUUUGUAGCUCUACAUCAUCUGCCACCAUGGCUCUCAAGGUUGGUGACACCAUUCCCGACGCCACCGUCUCGGAGACGGACCUGUACACGACCCUCAAGCUCCGCGAGCUCUUCGCCGGCAAGAAGGGCAUUCUCUUUGGCAUUCCUGGUGCCUUUACCCCCGGCUGCCACAAGACCCAUCUGCCAGGCUACGUCCAACGCGCCGAGGAACUCAAGGGCAAGGGCAUUGACGUCAUUGCCUGCAUGGGUGUGAACGAUCCCUUUGUCAUGGCUGGCUGGGGCGAGACCGUCGGCGCCACUGGCAAGGUUCGCAUGCUCGCCGACAAGGAUGCCUCGGCCUCAAAGGCGCUUGGUGUUUACUGGGAGGGCUCUGAAGCCAUCUUCGGCUCGGGCCGUUGCAAGCGUUUCAGCAUGCUCAUCGAGGAUAACAUCAUCAAGGUUAUCAACGUGGAGCCUGACAACGGCGGCCCCUCCUGCAGCCUGGUCGAGCCCCUGCU